UUAGUAUUGAGAUUUGUAAAGGCGAGGGAGGUGUUCCAAACCAGGAGGUAUGUAGAUUCGCCCUUGGAGAGAGGAGAAUUGAACAACACGAUUGAACCAUCGCAUUGCAUUCAAGGAGGCCACAUAGUACUUCUCUAACCGUGUCAAAUCCAUUAGUUUUGGCAAAAUUUUCAAUCCAUCGUCAAGUUGUUCAAAGUUCUCAAAAAUGGCAUUUUCGGUCUCCGUGGCGUCAGGCGUGAGAGCGGAAAUGCGUCGUACAAGCUCGUCGUAGAGCAGCGAGUCGCCGGAUAUGGCGAGAGCGUCAGUCAAGGUGGCCAUAACGUGAAGGAGAAUGUGAACAAUGCAGUGACCAAGAUUGGGGAAUGCACAACUCAACCGGCAGAAAGCUGGACCACAAGCCAAAAGAACUGCGGGCAGGUCAUUCACACAGAGGACAGCUGCAUUGUGGGUAAAAUAACAAUGUAA